ACAUCUACUAUAACAAAUUAGCCCUGAAGACUGCAGUAUGGCUGAGAGAAACAUACCAGCACAAUUGUAAACACCUAAAAAAAAAAAAAAAAAAAAAAAAAAGACAAGAAAACAAGACAGAAAGUGAUCCAGGUCUUUUUCCAGACAGUAAAAUGGGUGAUGUGAGUGAGGAGUCGCUGCUGGAUUAUUUCUACUGCACCGGAGGAAACUCAGGCAGAGUCAGAAAUGCAGAAAUACUGAAGACAUUUAAGCCUUUUAUUGGCCAUAGUGACUUGCAGUUACGUGCUAAAUACAGAGAGGAAUUCAAGCUCAUUGUUGACAGAAUCGCUGUGGUGAAGUCCGAGAAUGGUGAGAAGUAUCUGGUCUUAAAAAAGAAAUACAGGCAGUUACUUCAGGAUCGUGACACCAAACAUCAUGGCGCCGAAGGGGAAGGACAGAGACAUUCGACUCCGGUCAGAACGCCCGCCACAGUACAGUGGGAGGCGACGGAGGCAUCGACGACUUCCUCCAACCAGAAGGAGCAUCAGGAUGAACCGAUGUCAUGUACAGAGCCUGAGGGCGCUGCAACCGAAUCCACAGACCACUCCCAAGAGUCUGAAUCGGAGCAGGAUGAGGAGUGUACAGGCAGCAUGGGCUCCACUGCUGUAGCUCUGGAUCCUAUAGAGAAGGAGUGGAUCUACUCGGCCGCCGGUGCUCGAGUCCCUGACCUCUCUCAGCUGCUCAGACAAGACCCCUCGCUGGCGAACAAGAAGGACUUCACCUCAGUGAUUACAGCUCUGCACUGGGCAGCUAAACAUGGCAACGAGGACAUGGCCAAUCUGGUGGCGAAUGCUGGUGCUGACGUCAACACCAAAUCACACGGGGGAUACACACCUUUACACAUCGCAGCAUUACAUGGUCAUCAGCAUAUUCUUGACCUUCUCGUUGGAACAUAUGGUGCUAAAGAAAACUUAAGGGACCACAGUGGUCAUCUUGCCUGCCACUAUCUGACCAUCAAAGAACCAGAAGCUCCAGAGGAAGACUGUGAGAUACAGUUUCAAGUCACUCAGGCCAGAGAGCGGAACAGAAACAGGAAGUUGGUAUCACUGUUUCAUUCCAAGAAGAAGUGGGGUUCAGCAGAGGAGCUGGCUCCCAUAGAAGAGGAGAGGACGGCAUCGCAUCAGCUCGCCCUCCCUGCAUUCAGACCCAGGAAAUUCUCCCGCUGAGGAAAAAAAACACUCACAGAGGACAUUGGAACACACACUGCACAUGUUAUAUAAGCUUGUAUAUUUCAUGAAAGUAUUAUAGUGUGUGUAUUGAUGCCUGUUUCGUCAGCACCCAAACAGUCUAUACAUGCGCUACACACACACACACACACACACGCUCUAAUAUUAAAAAAGGAGUUCCACUAGGUGUUGUCUUUGGUGCUGUUUGUUUGCGUUGCAGUUUCACCCGAAUUCUUUGCACUUGCAACUACUUUUGUUUGUGUCAAAGUGAGCAAUACAUAUCUGAACAACUGGACUGUAAGAGUUGAGUUUCAUUUUCAAUUUCAGUGAGGAGUUACAUGACAUUAUGGUUUGAGUUUUAUUCAUUUUUGCUUUCUCACUCUGCACAUAACAGUUGAUUUCGAUGUAAUUCAGUUUCAUAAUGUUAUUGUUGAAAUACUAGGUCAAUAUAAUGAAAAUAUUCCAUGUUAUCCUUCUAUUUUAAUAUGAAAAUGGCAUCAUUGUCUAAUUAUAAAGGCAAGUUUUAACUUUUUCUUGGGUUUUUUUGGGUGGUUUUUGACAUUGAUGUUUAAUCAUAAUGUCUUUUGGCAGCAAGAGUUUAUUUGUGCACCUCAGCUGACAGUUAAAUUACAAUGGAAGAAAUAAUACACAGGAGAAGAUAGAUGUCAGAUAUUUUACUGAAAUAAAAUGAAGACAGUGAGUGCUCGGAAGGUUGGAAACAUAACAACAGAACAACAUAAGUGUUCUUUCACUUGCAGUUUCACACUACAUGAUAGAGGAACAAUAAAGCAACUGUUCCAUUAAAGAAACAGUCAAAUUAUUAGCCAGCGUAUGACAAGUUCUGUACAGUCACGUCUGCAUCUUUUGUAUUAGAUUUGACCGUUUUUGACAGAUCUCAGUUUGCAGUUUUAACAGUUCAUUACAUUUAUCAUUGUGGUUAUUCUGGUUUUAUUACUCUUGAGUGCUUUAACUUUGACAUUGUGUCUUCUGACUUGUUUUGUUGACUUGCUUCAAGGGCUUUUGUAUUGUUCUGCAAUUUUCACGUCAUUGUAACUAUGUUUUUAUUAAUCCAGUGCCAUUGCAAAAAUUACUCUCUAUUCAAACUGCUUGUAUACAGCAAUAUAUGAUAGAAGCGCAUUGAAUAUUUGCACAGUAUUUAUAUAAGUAAGACAUUUUGUGAUUAAAGUAUAUUUUAUAUCAAACU